CACACUGGACACAUACAUCUCUUGCUUAGGCCACCUUUAAGACACCUGGAAUCAUUUUUUUGUUCCAGCUGGAGACUACGGUCACUGCUUCCCCUGGGUUUGUAUUAUGGAAGAGAAUUCUCCAAACUCUGCUGGGAAUUCCCAAGGGCUGCCAUCACAGAGAAUUACCAACUCCUGUCCUCUGAAUGUUCCUGCUGUGAGCAGAGGCUCUUCCCUGACUGGAAGUCUUCUUAACAUCACCCAGCACUCUAUUCCAGUCAGCAGCAAUGCUUGGCUGCUGCAGCCUGUUUCUAGCGUGUCCUUCAACUCAUUCCCAGACAGGGACUAUUUCUUCCAGCAUUCCAGCACUUCCAGGCUCUCUACAGUAGCUGGGCCAAGCCAAGCUUCCAUUUCAACAAUCUCUGGCCCAAACAUCUAUGAGUGGAGCAAUGCCAGGAAUGCUGAAGAGAUGACAUCAUCUCUACAGGACUGCAAUUUGACCACCACAAGCCCGGAAAUACUUGUUACUCCACUUCCCAUGGCAGUACAAUAUGGUAGAGCCAGCAGUGCUCCUACCAUGGUGGCUCUUUACCCACAGUGGUCUGCAAGCCUUGUCCCAAGGACAUCUUUUUCAGUGACCAGUCAGAGACACAGUGUAACAUUUCCCAGACUUCCAAUUCCUCACCACAAUGCAGCCCAGGCCUAUUAUUAUAAUCCAAUCCCACUAGGCCCCCAACUGCCUGGACAGUUUAGCCCUUACCUGCAGCCCUAUGGCCCUACCCCGUACAGAGCUAGCAGGGCUACUCCCAGGCCAGGAACCCCUCAGCCAGAAAUGGUGAUGGUGUUAAAGGAGAUCUGGCCUCAGGGUACUCUGCCCUUAGCUUCUACACCUGGACUGUACUACCCAGCUUCUACUAAGCAAGGCACAGCAACAUUCUUCCAAGAUAUCCAGGAGCCACCAUUGCUCCCCCUGAAAAUACCUGACAUUAAGGAGCUUCUUUCUUCCAUCGACCUCAUUCCCUUGGAAACUGACCUCUCUCAGCUGUGCCACAUCUCUCUCCUAGAAGAAUCUGUCCACAGGGACCACCUUCCAGAGCAAAGCAGCAUUACCCUUGGGACCCUAGCAACAACAGCAAAGAAGGAGUCUGAGCCCCUGUCUAGUCUUGGCAACAUCUCCAGUUUGGUUGAAGACAGGCAGUUGCUGCCUGACCACCUAUCUGUGAAAGAGGCUCUCCAUCCGAAGGUACACAAGGUUCCCAAAUCCAACUCCAAAGCCCCCAGAACAGAUCAGACUUCUGGGCAGGCCACCCCAGGAAUGGAUUCCUCUGGCCAGCCUAGGAACAACAAACUCAAAACCACAGAGAAAUGCCGUAGAACUCCUUGGCCAAAAGUUAACAUCACAGGCUCUCAAGUGGAUGAAAGAGAUCUUUUAGCACCUGUAGCCAGCAUCUCAGAUCCUGGGUGUUUCCCCCAUAACAAAAAAGCCCAGACCAUGCUAAGCCAGGGAAGGAGCAAAGUUCAAAUCCCCAGGCUGAAAGAGCCAAAGGGCCCAAGAGGUAGGAGCUCUGUGAAAGUUGGUAUCAAAUGUCAGUCGAAAAUUAAUAGUAAAUCUAAGAAGAAACCCACACUUCUUAAGAGGAAGCGAAAGAAGGACCACCCUGACUGCAACCAUGAGCCCUUAAAAAAGCCCCGAAGCCACCUGGGCAUGCAAAUGCUGCAGUCAGUGCAGGUGUUCCAUAUGCUGGGGAAGAAAAGUCCUCAGGUCAGAGGCAUUUCAGGGACCAGAGAGAGACUGGGCAGCUCAUCUGAAGGGCAUGAUACGGGAGAAACCCAGCCAGGCCUCCUGGAAGCCUCAACCAUCAACAUGGCAGAACUGUCAGACGAAAGUACUGACACACAGAGCAAGUUUCCUUCGGGGGAAGAAAGGGUUAUGACUGUACCAUUCUCCAACCUAAAGUAUCUACCAUCUCAGCCAAACAAUUGCAAGCCCUGUUCUUCAGCAGUACAGCAGCUUUCUUCUCCCUACCCAGCCCACCCGGAUCCUGUCAUCACAACCAAGCAUGAUCAUGCCACUCCAAGUGCUCCUGAUCCUGCUAAUUUGGGCCAGCCUGUUCCUGCCAAGUUAACACAGCCAAACUUUCUUUUCCCAGCCCAGACAGAUCCACGUAAAACAUCCAAGCUGGGAGCUGCCAUCUCAGCCAUGCCUGGGCAUGCCAAAUCUGUUCUACCGAGUUCUUCCAACCUUUCUUUUCCUGGUCUAGCUGUCCCAUCUGGGACAGGCCCUUCUAAUCCUACUUGGCUUGGCUCUACUUGUCCAGAGAAGCAUGAUGCUGCCAACCCCAUACUUCCCAAUCCAGGUCAUCCUGAUCCUUCUAAGAUUGCCCAGUCAGGUCCUGCUAAUUUGGACCAGCCUGGUUCUACCAAUCUAAUUCAGCCUAGGCCUGGCAACCUAGGCAAACCUGUCCCAGCCUACAACAUCUACAGUAGCUGUCACAUCAAGUCAGCAUUCCAGCCUAGACCUAGUUAGCCAAUCCAUCCCAGCUAGCUCUUACAGUCCCAACAAUCACCUGCUCUUUCUGAGGCUGAUGAUCUUCCUUGGACUAUGUCAUCUUCACAAGUUGUUAUCCAUUCCUGGCUCUAGCAACCAACCCAUCUCCUGGAAGCAGUUUCUUGUCACCAAGCUAGGGAUGUCAAGACCUAUCACUGUGAAGCAUGGGCCAAACAGGAGUGAGAGAAUGCUGUAAAGUACAUCUCAACUCUUCAUUAAGAAACCAAAGGACUUGGAAGAUUUGCAGCAAUAUGGUUAAUAAAGCUGAGCAGGGAUGUGGGACUUGAGCUGCUUUCUUGAGCUCUUGAGUGCUUAUACAUAUAUUCCUUUGAAUGUGAAUCUUUUCAUGAAGAACUAAUAAAUUGU